CAUUUCUUUUGAAGACAUUCUAAAGAUGGAAAGAGCAAUGUACAAAUGAAUAAAUGAAGAAUAAUCUAUGCUGAGCCACCUGCAAUAUCUCUCUUCUCUUUUUUAGAAGGUGCCCUUUGCCAGGUGUGGCAUGAAGAGGUGCCAGGCAGGAGAGAGGAGAAGCGUUCCAGAGGGCGAGCCAGUUUGCUGCUACCAAUGUGACCCUUGUCCAGAAGGAACCAUUUCUAAUCAGACAGAUGCAGCUCACUGUGACCCCUGCCCAGAAAACCAAUAUCCCAACAAUGACAAGGACCACUGCAUUGCCAAGAAGAUCCACUUCCUUGCCUAUCAAGACACCCUAGGAUACAUUUUAGUUUCUCUCGCUCUUUCUCUCUCUGUGCUCACAUUGGCAGUUCUGGUGAUUUUCCGUAAAAAUCACAACACACCAAUUGUCAAGGCCAACAACCGAGAUCUCACCUACGUCCUCCUGGUCUCCCUCCUGCUCUGCUUCCUCUGCUCCUUUCUCUUCAUUGGUCGACCCGGGAAGCUCACCUGUCUCUUCCGACAAACUGCCUUUGCCAUUCUCUUUUCUUUUGCAGUUUCCUCUGUGUUGGCAAAAACUGUCAUGGUGGUUCUGGCCUUCAUGGCUACCAAGCCAGGGAACAAGACAAGGAAACUCUUAGGAAAACCUCUGACCAAUUCCAUUGUCUUAGCCUGUCCCCUGGUCCAAGCAGUUCUUUGUGCCACCUGGCUGGCAACCUCUCCUCCAUUUCCCAACUUUGACUUCCACUCUUUAGUUGGAGAGGCCAUCUUGGAAUGUAAUGAAGGCUCAGGUUUAAUGUUUUACGCUGUCCUCUCCUACAUGGCUUUCCUGGCCCUCAUCAGUUUCACAGUGGCCUUUUUGCCCAUGCACAGGAGGAAAGGUGGGAAGAAUGACUGGGCUGCCUCUCCUCCUCCUGCUGCUGCUCUUCUGGCUCCUGCCUCCAACUUCUGCAAAGAAGAUGCAAACUGGAUGUGUGUUGAGAAACACUUUACACACUACGAGAGACUUUUACAGGCCUGGUGA